AAUCUAAAGUUCAGGCGCUGUACAGCGAGCGUAGAUUUCAGUCGGUCCCAGUAGCCAUUUAAGAAGCUUCCCGUCCACUCUACCCAGAAGGCCCAUCCAACAACUUACAGAGAGCUACAAACUUCCGUCUUAAUCUUUAUUACCAGCUCCUUGUGCCUUUCCCAGGACCCAUUUCGAUCCCUGUUCUUCGUCUUCUUGCAACAAUGGCGAACACCCAUCUCUGUUUUCUUCUCCCUUUGCUUCUUGCUUGCAUCCUCCUGUUCAAUCGCCCUGUCAAAUGCGACGAUGAUGAUCUUCAUAGAGGCAUCAACAGUUAUCGUGCAUCGUUGAACUUGACAGCGCUGGUCGAGAAUGACAAUGCAGAGUGCCUUGCUGAAAAAAUUGCUGACAAAUUCAAGAAUCAACCUUGUACAAACACCACAGGCUCCAACACGAUAUCUGGAACCGAACCUCAGUUCGAUGACUAUCCAAACCUGCUAGCCAAGUGCAAUUUGAAUAUCUCCAACACAAGGGAUGGAACCAUAAUGCCUGCUUGUGUUCCAAACCGUGUUCCUGAUCUUGUUCUCACUAACUUUACGAAAUCUCAGUACUCGGGAAAACUUAACGAUACCAAGUACACAGGAAUCGGCAUUGGUACCGAAGAUGACUGGGUUGUCAUUGUUCUUACCACGAGCACAGCAGAUGGAAGUUUUGUGCCAGCAUCAAAAAACACAGCCACUCUGGUCUCUAAGAUUGGUAUGUUCUUUCAGUUGCUGUUCUUGAUGCUGUCUUUUGUCUUAUUGCUGUAGACCAUGAGAGGAUUUUCUUGUCUUGUCUUGCUUGGAUCAAUACUUCAAAUCAUUUGAUCUUUCUUUCUAUAUUUUAUACGUUUGAACU